UUUCAGAUUUCUUAUUAUCUCGGGCCCGACGAUUUACUACAACUUUCAAGGUCGGCAAAAGCGAUACGCGAACUUCUUAUAUCCAAGUCCUCGAGAUUAAUCUGGCAGAAUGCGGAACAAGCAGCUGGCUUGCCUGAACGGCCACCAGACCUCAGUUCACCAGAAUACGCAAGCUUUAUAUUUGAUCCAUUUUGCUCU